AUGUCGUGGAUGUGCGCUCGAAAGGGGACCACUCGUCGCCUAGCUUGUGUACAUAAACCCAGAGCUGCUCCGAGCUCGUUUUUCUCCUUGGAUCAUUCUUCGUCCGUCUCGAACUCGAGUAAGCUGCUUCGCUCUCAGUCCGACACAAUGGCUCGAUUUCCUUCGCAACAACAAAGCCGUCCGGUCCACGCGACCCCGUUUAUGAACCACUCCAACACCCCGUCGGAUGCCAACUAUGACACCGCCAACCCGUCUUACAUCCGCAAGUACCUGCGCACCUACGGCCUGACUCCCCCGCGCGCCGAGUCAUACGAGACGCAAAAGGCACGAUGCCUGGCCCAACUGGGUCUGAAGAGCACCCCCAUCGACAAGUUCCUCUACCUCAGUACCCUGCGCAAGAACAACGUCCACCUGUUCUAUCGUUUGGUGACGGACCAUCUUAGAGAAUUGACGCCGCUGAUCUACACUCCCGUGGUGGGUGAGGCCUGCCAACGGUGGUCGGAGAUCUACCAGCAGCCCGAAGGCAUGUACCUGAGCUGGGAAGAUCGCGGAAACUUAGCUGCCGUGAUCGCCAAUUGGCCGCAGCCCAAUGUGGAGAUCACAUGUAUCACCGAUGGCUCCCGCAUCCUCGGGUUGGGUGACCUGGGGAUUAACGGUAUGGGCAUCCCCAUUGGCAAGCUGGCCCUAUACACGGCCUGUGCGGGUAUCCGCCCCGAGGCCACGCUGCCCCUGACUCUGGACCUGGGUACGGGUAACAAGACCCUCCGGGAAGACCCGUUGUACAUGGGUAGUCGUCGGGGCAAGAUCUCUCCCGAGGAGGAGCGGGAGUUUAUGGACGAGCUGAUGGCUGCUCUCACUGAGCGCUGGCCUGGUAUUGUCAUCCAAUUCGAGGACUUCAAGAACCCGUUCCCUGCUCUGGAGCGCUACCGGGACCUCUACACCUGCUUCAAUGACGACAUCCAGGGCACUGGCGCUGUCAUCCUGGGUGGUGUGAUCAACGCUGUCAAGCGGGCUGGCCUGCCCUGCAAGGAGCACCGCGCGGUGUUCCUGGGCGCCGGCAGCGCCGGUGUCGGCGUGGCCAAGCAGAUUGUCGAGUUCUUCAUGCGCGAGGGCAUGACCGAGGACGAGGCCCGCGGCUGCUUCUACCUGGUCGACACCAAGGGCCUGGUGACGGCCGACCGCGGCGACAAGCUGGCGGACCACAAGGUGUACUUUGCGCGCCAGGACAACAACGGCGAGCAGUACAAGACGCUGGAAGAGGUCAUCGACCACGUCAAGCCGACGAUCCUGAUGGGUCUGUCGACGCUGGGCGGCGUGUUCACGCCCGAGAUCCUGCGCAAGAUGGCCGACUGGAACACCGCCCCGAUCAUCUUCCCGCUGUCGAACCCGUCGCACAAGUCCGAGUGCGACUUCGAGAGCGCAGUCACCAACACCGACGGCCGCUGCCUCUUCGCGUCGGGCUCGCCGUUCCCCAGCAUGUCGUUCACCAACUCCACCGGCGAGACCCGCACCUACUACCCGGGCCAGGGCAACAACAUGUACGUGUUUCCCGGCAUCGGGCUGGGCAGCAUCCUGUCCAAGGCCGUGCGUGUCACCGACAACAUGAUCUACGCGUCCGGUGCCGCCCUGUCGCAGGCCCUGACCGCUGAGGAGAUCGAGCGCGGCCUGCUGUACCCGGACAUCACCCGCAUCCGCGAGGUCAGCAUCGUCGUCACCCGCAAGGUCAUGCGUGCCGCCCAGGAUGACAAGGUCGACCGCGAGACUGCCCUGCGCACCAUGUCCGACUCCGACCUCGACAACUGGAUCAAGGCCCGCAUGUACGACCCGCACACCGAGGUCCGCGCCCUCGAGCGCGAGGUCGGCCACCUGCUGUCCAGCCUGGGCUCGUUGUCUCCAGCCCUGAACGGGUCCUCGGAGGACCUGAAUGGAUCGAAGCUGUAA